AGCAUGGUCGUGAGAGUCAUGAAGAGAAAGCUUGAGGAUCUGAGUGUUGAUGAGUUCAUGAACUCUGGUUUUGACUCGGAUGUGACGGAUGGAGAAGAAGACUCUGUACCUGACAGAUCUCUAGAAAAUGUCCAGAAGAAAGGGAAGAAAGUUCCUGUAAAGCAAAGGCACAAAGAUUCCUUGACUAGUCUGAAAACAAAAGACCCAGAAUUCUAUGAGUUUUUGAAAGAAGAGGAUCAAAAGCUUUUGGAAUUCAGUGAUGACGACGAUGAUGAUGAUGAUGGUGAUGAUGAUGGUAGCAUUGAUGAAGGAGAGUCAAGUGAUGAUGGUGAGAAAGAAGAGGAUGAGUUGAAGAAGAUAGAAGCCAUGGAUUCUGACAGUGAUGAUGAUGAUGAUGACGAUGAUGACGACUAUGAUGAUGAUGGUGGUGUAACGGAUCAAAUGAAGAAAGGAGUCCAUAAACUUCCAGCUAAGCUAGAGGUAGCAGCUCAUGUUGAGUCAUCUGAUGAUGAUGAAACUGGUGAUGAAGACGAUGAAAAUGAUGAUGUAUCGACUGCGACCAAAAGUAAGAAGUCCAGCUUAGUUACUACAAAGAUGGUGCGAGAAUGGACAAAAGAUUUGAAGGCUUCUGGGUCUAGAAAAGCUCUCCGUAGCCUAAAGAAAGCAUUCAAGGCUGCAGUUCAUCAAGCAGGAGCAGAAGAAGGGGAGAUAAACAUGUACCGCGUAGAGGGCAGCAAAGUUUUCAAUGCCAUUGUUCGAGCCUGCCUGGAAUAUGUCGUCCCCACGCUACAGAAAAUCCUGCAGCUGCCGAAACUAUUUGAUGAUUCUGAGAAGCUAAUGCUGCCCUCUAGCAGCCCAAAGUGGAAAAAAGUAGCCAUGGAUGUGAAAGGCUACUUAACAUCUGUCAUUGAGCUCCUGUCCCACAUGUCUGACCCUGCCAUGGUAGAUGUUGUUCUCAAGCACAUUCACAGACUGGUGCCUUGCUUUGCUGUUUUUCCACGUCUGGCCAGAAUAAUGUUAAAGAGUAUGAUAAACCUUUGGGGUUCUGCAGAAGAUACAACACGAGUGCUGGCAUUUCUCUGUGUCAUCCGGUUUGUGCGGAAACAGAAGGAUUCCAUGCUGGAAUUCUGUCUCAAGAGAAUGUACCUGACAUAUGUGAAGAACUGUAAAUUCACAUCACCCAGUACCCUGCCGAUGAUCAACUUCAUGCAGCGUUCGCUGGUGGAGGUGUUUGCGUUAGACAUAAACCUGACAUAUCAGUAUGGGUUUGUGUACAUACGUCAGUUAGCUAUCCAUCUGCGAAAUGCCAUCACUCUCAAGAAAAAGGAGAACUGUCAAGCAGUGUACAACUGGCAGUAUGUUCACUGUUUGCACCUGUGGAGUCGAGUCGUUAGUACGAUAUACCCUAACGAGGUGAUACAACACCUGAUUUACCCUUUGACAGAGACCAUUAUUGGGACGAUCAAGUUAAUGCCUACUGCCCGCUACUAUCCACUGAGGUUCCACUGUGUGCGAACUCUUAACCUCAUCUCCAAGGCAACCAACACUUAUAUACCAGUCCUGCCUUUCCUGCUUGAGGUCUUUGAACAGACAAAUUUCAACAAGAAACACAAGUCUAUAAGCUUGAAGCCUUUCAACUUUGCCUGCAUCUUGAAACUGUCAAAAUCGCAAUUGGUGGAAAAGUCUUUUAAAGAUGGAGUCAUUGACCAGUUGUAUGAACUACUGCUGGAACAUUUCCACAUUCACUCCCACAGUAUUGGCUUCCCAGAGCUGGCCUUACAUGCUGUAUUACAGCUGAAAGAUUUUCUGAAGAAAUGUAAAAUAGCCAACUACUGUAAACAAAUCAAGCAGAUUGUGGAGAAGGUUGAAGAGACAAGCAAAAGGAUCACACAGCGACGGAAAUCAGCAAAUUUUCGACUGUCUGACAAAACUGCUGUGGAGGCGUGGGAGAGAAGGAGUAAAGAGGAGGGAACUCCUAUUAGUAAAUUCUACACAACAUGGCGUAAACUUAGAGACCGGGAAUUGCAGCAUGAAAUCGCUGGCAAGGAAAGGUUGUCGACAGAAGUGGACCAGUUCCCGGCAAUCAUUCGGCGGAAGGGCCCUCCUAGAGCCUCAGCCGAAGAAAGGCAGGAGUUCUCUGAACUCUUUAACACAGACAGUGAGGACUCUGAUGAUGAAACUAGAUUUUUGCUGAAAGAGGAACGUGGAGAACCUUCCAGGAAGAAGCUGAAAUCCUCUGGUGGGUCUGAUGACAGCGAGGAAUACAGUGAUUUUGACAGUGACGAGCUCGAACAGUUGGCUGGAUCUGCUGACGAUGACAGCGAUAAAGAAGAACCUGAUGACGAUGAUGAUGAUAAUGGUGAUGUAAAGGAAGGUGAUGAACAAAGUGAGGAGGAAGAAGUUUCUGAUGUUCCCGAUAAGGAGGAUGUUGUCAAGGAUUUUGCUUUUUCAUCAGAUGAAGAUGAAAACUGAGAAUGACUGUCCAGAUUGCAAUGCCCCUCUGAUGAAGCUUUUGUGGAUCAUGUUAUCAUCAGAUUCAGUCUACCUCUUUUACAUGAGUUUGAUCUUGUAAGCAGGUUAUGGUGGUUGAAUGAAAUUCAUCUGUGUUGUACAUUGAUGGGGUAAAAAGGGUGGCCAUGUAAUGAGACAGAGAAUAAAGGUACUUUAGUAGACCAGGACAGGUAAAUUAAUAGUCAUUACAGCUGUCACAACCAUAGUCCAAAGUCUUGGAAUACUAGUGGAGUACUUAUACAUUUACAAUAAUGUGAUCAAAUUAAAGGUGGGUGACCAGUGUCAUCUCAUUACAUGCCUACAUGUGCAUGUACUUCCACAUACUGCAUAUAACCUAAAGUUUGGUGUGUACACAUGCACUUUCACAAGCACAUAAAGCCAUUAAAGUGAUAGUUUCCUGUCAAUACAACAAAGUUUUUCUGAGAAGAAGCCUGUCAGAUUUCACAUGUAACUCUGAAAUGGCCCUAUAAGUUGAAUGAACCAAUCAGAAUCAAGCAAACUGUUUCACUUGGAAAAUGCUUAACUUUAUGUGAAAUAAUCGAAGUAAGCCGAAUGGGCAUAAUCAGUGGAGAAGCUGAGAGGAGUAGAAGAUUGUGGUGUAUCUGUCAGCCACUCAGAUGUGAAUAACGGGUUCAGGAUGAAGCCAGCUUCAGUGAUACCAUAAAUAGAGUUGUUUAUGUGAAGCACAUGUUUAAUCAUGUUUGCUUGAACAAAGUUUCUCUUGUUUUAAAAAGUACUUUGACACAAUCCUGCUAGACAUAGGAAUUUCUGUUCGUGUGGUGAUGUUACACCCCAAGCAUUCAUUCAUUCUGUUUAUAUGAAUUUUGGACGUAUGUAAUGCCACUUUAAAUGGCAUAGUGUGAAUAACUGACUAACAAUUAUUCACACGGCUAUGGUACACGCAUUCAUCUGAAGCAGGUUAAUGCCAUGCAUUGCACAUCCAGUUUUGUGUGAUUGGUAUACGUGAUUUGCAUAUACAUGUACAUGUAUACAUACAUACAUGUACAUACAUGUAUACAUACAUGUAUUGUAUCUGAAGC